AUGGCCUCCAAAGUCAACCCCUGGGGCGUCUGCCGCAGCCUGUGCAUCCGGUCCCGGCCCGCCCUGCAAUGCGCUGAGCGACGGGCUGCCCUCCCCCUUGCGAGACGAGGACUCGCCGACGACACCACCAUCCGAUCAGACGGCCCCAAUGCCAACGCCUCGAGGCCGCCGCCCGCCAAAUACGUCCGCCCGCCCCCGGAGCACUUCGCAGACAACUGGCUGAACGCCGAGGCCCUGGCCAAGCUCGAGCAGGCCGCCGCCGGCCAGGAUCUCUUCGAUGAGGACCCCGGCCACAAGUUUGGCAUGCCUGCUCUGCCGGGCAAGGACGACAAGCUGCAGAACAGAUACCCGACCGUCAUCCACCAGAUCACAAGGCUGCUGAUGCGCGACGGCAAGCUCAGCCAGGCCGAGAGGCACAUGUCUCUGAUCCUCAACUUCCUCCGAACCGCCCCCGCCCCGAAGAUCAACCCCCUACGGCCUCUUCUGCCCGGUUCGCCGCCGCCCGAGCAGCUCCCCCUCAACCCCAUUCUCUACCUCACCCUGGCCAUUGACAGCGUGGCGCCCCUGAUGCGCAUCAAGAACAUGAAGGGUAUGGCCGGUGGUGGCAACGCCCUCGAACUGCCAGAGCCCCUCACCGCGAGGCAACGGCGGCGCAUUGCCAUCCUGUGGAUCCUCGACGUCGUGAACAAGAAGAAGUCCAGGGGCAGUGGAAGGACGCAGUUCGCCUCGCGCAUGGCCGAGGAGAUCGUGUCCGUGGUCGAGGGCAAGUCGUCGGUGUGGGACAAGAGGCAGACGGUACACAAGUUGGCCACGGCCGCACGAGCAAACUUGAACCACCCGGCAAUAGCCUCCAAGAGAGGCCGGCGAUAG